AGGCGGAGCGCUGAUGCGACAGAACGCGAGGCUGCGGGCCGCUGCAGCCGCCACCUCCUCCACAGCCUCAGCCACGACCGCAGCAGCGGUAGCAGACUUGUCUAGCAGCAGCAGCAGCAGCGGUGGCCAUGUCGAGUCGGCGCUGUCUCGGGCGGUGUUGGAGUCGCAUGAGGAGGGCAUGCAGGAGGUGCUGCAUGCGCUGCUGGGAUGCUGGCGGGCGCCCUGGAGCGGUUCCGCGCUGCGAGCCGACCUGGGCGCCCCCGCCUGCACCCGCCUGCGCAGCUGGCUGGUGUCUCAUGCGGGGGUGACACUGUGGCCGGCGGUGAAGGAGCUGACCCAGAUCGCAUACAGCUCCGGAACCUGCAGCGCGGGCCCCCCCUGGCUGUCCGCCCCCCUCGUCGACCUGCUGAUCCAGCUCUGCAGGGACGUGGGGGGAGCGCAAUGGAGGGCUGCUGCUGCCACCACCACUGCUGCUGCUGCCACCACCACUGCUGCUGCUGCCACCACCACUGCUGCUGCUGCCACCACCACUGCUGCUGCUGCCACGCCUACUGCCGCCAAGGCUUCUGCUGCUGCGCGUGUCGGCCCCACAACUGCCUCCUCCUCCGCGACCUGUUCCGACACGCCGGGGCACAUGAGUGCGGACGAGGGCGCUGCUGCUGCUGCCACAGCUGCUUCCCCAUGGCGGGGCCCGCCUGGCACCUACCCGCUGCCACGUCUUGCGGUUUGGGCGCUGGUCUCGAAUGCGGUUGUGACGAGCACCGCGGCGGCCAGCACCGCCACGGCAGCAGCAGCAGCUGCUGCUGUUAGCGGCACAAGGGCAUCCUCCUCAGGAUCCGCCCCCCCGCCCUCCUUCCUGACGCCCGCCAUGCUGCAGGAGCUGCUGGC